CCCGGGCAGGUGGUCAGAGGAGAGGUCGGACCUGAAAGGAAACGACCUUUGGCUCCAAAAGGAGACUCAAUUUUUCAUGAUAAAAUGGCAGUGGUGAAACCCCCCAACAGAGAACUAAAGAAUGCCGAAGAACCAUUUACUACCAUCUCUCCCGUCCUUUUGAAGAGCCUCGUGGAGGAGCCUAAGAAAAGAACCGAGGUACCUAAUCACCUUCUAGAAUCAAAGGUUUAUGCAAAACUUCUGAAUAAUCAGUUCAUACAGGCAAAACCCGGCAUAGUGCAUUUUGGAGGCUACCAAGUAGAAGAACAAAACCAACAGAUUCUGCAUCUGAUCAAUAUUUCCAAUGAAGACAUACAUGUGCAUAUUUUACCCCCUCAAACCAAAUACUUUCAGAUCAAGUAUGUGAAAAAGGAGCACUGCCUUGUCCCUGGCUUGUCCCUCACAGUCACCAUCACAUUUUCUCCGGAUGAGUGGCGGUACUAUUACGACUGCAUUCGGGUUCACUGUAAGGGAGAUGAGACUUUGCUUAUUCCUAUUCAUGCCUAUCCCGUCAUGAACACACUGGACUUUCCCCCAUUUAUAAAUCUAUCGAAUGUUCUCCUUGGUGAAAGCAAAAAAUACGUUAUCCCUUUACAGUGCAGCUGUCCUAUAGAUUUCGAAUUUCAUAUCACUUUGAUUCAAUCUCAUGAAGCCUUUACUGUUGACCCGAUAUCAGGACUGAUCCCAGCUAAUGGGAAGAUGAACGUGACCGUCAAGUUCACGCCAUUUCAGUACGGGACUGCACAGAUGAAAAUGCAGCUGUGGAUCUCACAGUUCAACUCCCAACCCUACGGAUGUGUCUUCACUGGAACAUGCUAUCCCAACAUGGCUUUACCAUUAGAAGAAUUUGAAACAUUAAACGCUCUUUCUAAGAAAGGAAAUGUUCCUCCAGAAAAGGCAAUGACACACAUAAAUUUCCACCGCCUGCCACCAAAAAUAAAGCCCCCAAAGGUUAAGGAAAUUGAAUAUCAGAACUUGAGAUUUCCAGUGGAUUUAUCAAAUCCAUUUGCCGUGGCAACCGUUUUAAACCAAGAACCAGGGAAAUUGAAGAUUAAAGAAUUAAGAGAAGUUUUGGACCAAGGCAACGAGAUUUCAAAAACAAGACAGAUGAAGGAAGCACUGUUUGAACAGAAAGUCAGACAAGACGCUUACAAAGAGAUGGAAAAUCACCUUAAGUGGCAGGUGCACCUCGGCAAAGAUCCUAUGUCUUUUAAAUUUAGAAAAGACCUUAUUGAAGAGCGGCAAAGAGAGAACACCAAGUACAAGCUAGAUAGAGGAGAUCCCAUUUUGGAUAAGGAAUUCCAGCGCCUCAAGACAGAAUUCAACCACAAACGGGUUGUUCAUAAUCUAGAAGAAAAAACCAAGGAAUUCCAUCCUAAUUUCGAUCCACUCAUUAAUAACACUUGGACAAACAGGUUCAGGGCACAAAGGAGAUUUCAACAGGCAGCACGCAAGGUCAUGGUUCAUCGAAGGUUAAUCAUUAUGCUGAGUGCUAUUCAUAACAUGGACAGAGAGACCGUAAUCAGAAAGCUCAGUCAAGGAAGACAGUCAGUAGUAUCAGACAAGAAUGCCUCCAGACACUUUCUGCCUCAGACUGGUCAAGACAAUCGCUCGAUUGGGCUCAUCUCGCCCAGGAAAGUACUGCCCUUCGCCUUCCCAUCCUACAGUCCUCCUCAGAGCUCCAGCGAGCUGGCUCCUGAUGGCCUUGGACCAGUCCCAAUUAAAUCUUUGGAAAUUCAAAUCAAGCAGAACUAUUAUUUCUUCAGCCUGCAGGUUCCUCAGCUGUACAAACUUAAAGGGUAUCAACCAUUCUGUGUCCAGAAGUCAUCCACAAGCUACAGACCUCAAAAGCUUGCCCGGGCCCUGAGGCAAGGGGCUGAGGAUGAAGCCACCACCAUCAUAACUCUGCCCAAGCAGGACUCUGCACCUCAGCUCCCAGGCAAGGCCUCGGUCUUGGGCAUGAAACCACCUGAGGCCUUAACCAGGUCUCCGGACUAUGACCCGCUUUACAUUUUUAAUCCCAGCCCAGGAUUAUUUCCUGUGAUGCAUCCUCUGACCUACGCAGAAACCUUGAUAGACUACCACCUGUGCUCCCACCCCAAGUACAAGUUCACCAAGGAGUGCCACAGCGGGUCCAGCAUUCCUCUCACCCAAAAGCAGUUUCUCCAUCACACGGACAUCAUUCCCGGAACGAUGCAGUGGCGCAAGUUCCAGCCCCUGGCCAUCUCGUUCCUGCCUGAAACCUCGAAGACAGACACCACACAGCGCUGGGACCCCUACAACACAGUCAUGCUUCCUCUACAUGCCCCUGCCAUUCUUGAGGCCCUACGAGAAGAAGACAGAUUGGAAACAGCAGAACGUGAGCUCUGCGAACAGAAUGUAGAUGUCACACUGACUCCAGAAAUGAUCGAAGCCGAAUUUCCUAUGUUGGAUCACAAGGACACCAAAAAGGAGAAGGAGGCCAAAGGACCAGCCCAGCCAGUGGAGAAGACAGGAGACAAGGUGCUGGAGGAGAUGAAGACUCUGCAGAAGAAAGCUCUCAACUCGUACCUGAUUCUAGGGUAAAAUUGCCAGGAUGUCAGUCCCUCCCGUUUGCUUUCUGCUGCUCCCCGUGGUCCUUUGUGUCCAUGUACAUCGUAGCCAUUGCUGGAAUUCACCUUUCCAGAGGGUAACAUUGAAAAAUGGGCGAUGUAUAUGUUUUUCAGUAAUAAUCUUUCUUUUUAAAAAUAAAAUGUCACUAGGGGGA